CUCGACAUCGAGAUGGAGAUGGACAUCGAUUCCUAUCAGGACGCGCCAAUUGUGCCCGAGGCAUAUACCCAUGACAUAAUCACCGGGGAAGAACAGGAACCCGGCGAGGUGGACGAGCCCAUCAACGACCACGACCUAGAGGAGCAGGAAAAAGCCGUUGUUCCCUACAAGGUGCAUGUAGCCGGACUCGACACAUUCAAUCCUGACGAGGUGAAGGCCUAUGUUUCUCAGCACAACGACGGCGGCCAGUUUGACCGCAUCGAGUGGAUUGACGACAGCUCCGCAAACCUCAUUUUCAGGUCCGAGGCUGCCGCCCAGGAGGCGCUCGUCGCACUUGCCGCUGUGCCAAUUGCCGACCCAACUCAACUUCCGCCCCUCGAGUCGAUUCGCGCCAAAGACUUUGCAGCCAAGCCCGACUCGGUCCUGCUAGUCCGUUUCGCCGUGGUCAGCGACAAAAAGGUGGUGGGUGCCGCACAGCGCAGCCGCUUCUACCUACUCCACCCAGAGUACGAUCCAGAGGAGCGACGCCGCCGCGGCAAGUAUCGCGACCGAGACGACCGCUACAACGGCAGAGGAAGGAACGACAGACGCGGUGGAGGAAGGCGAAGAGAUUCCCGCUACGAGGACGACGAGGUCGAGACAUUCGACGUCAGCCUCUACGAUGACGAUCCCGUGGCCCUGGCCAAGCGUGCAAGCGUUAGAGGACGGCCAACAUCUCGGCAUCGUCGCUCAGUAUCUACAGUGUCUUCAGAGUCUGACCGCCUGAGAUCGGCCGCGCGCCGCAACCGAGAAAAGGAGCUCUUUCCAGAUCGGCGCAUCUCUGCAAACGGCGGCUUUGGCUCGGGCCGCGACCGCGACCGCUCAGCAUCCCCUGUACGAGAUCGUGACGGCGACGCUCGGAUGGACCUCGACGACGAAGCCCGCACGAGUGCCGAAUUGCGCAGCCGCGAGAAGGGCCGGGCAAUCAGAGAGCGCCAGACCAGGGACACCAGUACCCGCGACAACAGCGUCAAGGAGCUCUUCCCUACAAAGGCGAACGCCGUGAAGGAGCUUUUCCCCACAAAGCUCGCGUCGGCUUCGAGCAUCGGUAAAGCGCAGAUGGAUCAGGUGGAUGACAGUACGGUUCUGGCAAGCGCGAAACUAGCAGAUCGAAUCACCCCCCGACCACCAGCGGCAGCAGGUCUUCCCGCCAGCAGCAGCGGCGGCGGCAUUGGCGGAUUCAACAUCCGCGGCUUAGCGAACAAACGCGGAAACGACCAAGGUUUUGCCAUCAAGGGCACCGGCACCACGGUCAAGGAGCUAUUUCCUGACAAAUUCGGCCCCGCAGCUGGCAAUGCAGGAAAGGAGUUGUUCGCAGAGAAACUGGAGGGUAGGGGUCGAAGGAGACAGAAGGCAGAAGAUUCGUUUUACUAA